AUGCUUUCAAAUGAGCAAAACCCAUGGGGAACUUCUCCGUUUUCUCAGCUGACAAUGGAUCCGGCAAUCACAAUCCUUGCCUCAACAUCGCCCAGAAGAGCAGAAAUCUUACGAAACCUUGGUGUUAAGUUCACCGUAAUCCCAUCGCUAUUUUCAGAAAAUCUACAAAGAGGGACUGGUGAAAAUUCGCAAGUCUCAUAUGUUUGUGAAACGGCAAAGCAAAAGGCCCUUGAGGUAUUUGAGAGAUUUUCUGCUUCAAGCUCCAUCUUUGGCGUGCGUUUUAUAGUUUCGGCUGAUACCAUUGUGUAUGAUCCAGAAACAGAUCAGAUUUUCGAAAAGCCGGCGUCAAGGAAACAUGCAGCGGAAAUGUUGAGAGCCCUUUCCGGAAAAGAGCACAUCGUAUAUUCAGCAAUUACAAUUCUCUGCUUGGAUGGUAAUGGAGCACUCAAAGAUAUCUUGUCAAGUUAUGAAAGUACCACCUCAAGUCUUGACGACUUGGACAACGAUUUUUUAGAUGCAUACACAGCAUAUUCGGAUGAAACAUUGGAUAAGGCCGACGAUGACAGGAUCAUUUUACAAUACCAUGGGAUUUCCAGCGCUCUGCAAGAGAUUGCCAACCCACACCAGGGGAAAGUAUCUACUUAUCAACACUUGAAGGGGCUUACCAGAUUCAAUGAUUUUAGGAUCGGCGCCAAGAAAGUCUCUUUCAGAUUCAGCGAGAGCGAAAUUUAUGGCGGUUUUAGAAAAAUUGAUAUGGCAGUUGUAUUGAGAGAACCCUGUCAAUUAGCACAAUGGCAAACCUUGAUGGAACUUUUUCAAGAAAUGCACGGUGACAUCCCUAUCCAAAGAGAUGCAAAUGGUAUCAUCGACAAAUCGCAUUAUCAGCUAUCCGUAUUAUUGAAGCAAACCGGUACAGUGUCGGGUCUGUUGAAUGCAGCGAAUUCUUUGGCAUCUAAAUUUGCAUAG